UUUUCCGGUCCGCGGUCAAAAGUAACGGAAACAGUUCCAGAGCUGCGUGGUGUCACCUCGCCUGUCGUCCGGGCCGCCUGUCUGCCGCCGCUCGGCUCGGAGUCCCGGGGAUGCUGCUGCUGCUGCUGCUGCAAGGAUGGAGUUGAAUCACAAAAACAACAAAGUGUCGGACAGAGUUUGAGACAAAGAGAAGGGGGUUAGCGUUAGUUCUCCAACUCAACUGAAGGCUGGAUGGAUUGUUUGUUGAUAAUAACAUAGGAGGAAAUUAAAACAAUCUGGUAGAAAAUGAAGCUGCUGAAGCCGAGCUGGGUGAGCCACAACGGCAAACCCAUAUUUUCUGUUGACAUCCACCCUGAUGGGACAAAGUUUGCAACCGGUGGACAGGGAGAGGAUUCUGGCAAGGUGAUGAUUUGGAACAUGGCGCCAGUCCUCCGAGAGGAUGACGAGAAGAAUGAGAAUAUUCCCAAAAUGCUUUGCCAGAUGGACAAUCACUUAGCGUGUGUGAACUGUGUGCGCUGGUCCAACAAUGGGUUGUACCUGGCAUCAGGAGGAGACGACAAGCUGGUCAUGGUGUGGAAGAGAGCUGCAUUCAUCGGCCCAAGCACGGUUUUCGGGUCAAGCAGUAAGCUGGCCAACGUGGAGCAGUGGAGGUGUGUCACAAUCCUGAGGAACCACACUGGAGAUGUGAUGGACGUGGCGUGGUCUCCUCAUGACGUGUGGCUGGCCUCCUGCAGCGUGGACAACACUAUUGUCAUCUGGAACGCUCGCAAGUUUCCAGAGAUGGUGACUUGUCUGCGAGGACACACUGGGUUGGUGAAAGGUCUGACGUGGGAUCCAGUGGGGAAGUACAUUGCCUCCCAGGCCGACGACCACAGCCUCAAAGUGUGGAGGACAGUGGACUGGCAGAUGGAUGCCAACAUCACCAAACCCUUCAGCGAGUGUGGCGGGACGACCCACGUCCUGCGUCUGUCCUGGUCUCCAGAUGGUCAGUAUCUGGUGUCAGCUCACGCCAUGAACAAUUCCGGUCCCACCGCUCAGAUCGUGGAGAGAGACGGCUGGAAGACUAAUAUGGACUUUGUGGGCCACCGUAAAGCGGUCACUGUGGUGAAAUUCAACCCAAAGAUCUUUAAGAAGAAGCAGAAGAACGGCAGCUCUCCAAAACCAGGCUGUCCGUACUGCUGCUGCGCUGUCGGCAGCAAAGACCGAUCACUCUCCGUCUGGCUGACCUCUCUGAAGCGCCCUCUAGUGGUCAUCCACGAUCUGUUUGAUAAAUCAAUUAUGGACAUUUCCUGGACUUUGACAGGUCUGGGGAUGUUGGUGUGUUCGAUGGAUGGCACUGUAGCCUACCUGGACUUCUCACUUGAUGAACUGGGAGAUCCGCUAAGUGAGGAGGAGAAGAACAGCAUCCAUCAGAACAUCUACGGUAAGAGUCUGGCUAUAACCAGCACCGAGGCUCAGCUUUCCACCACCAUCAUCGAGAACCCUGAGAUGCUCAAAUACCAGCAGGAGCGACAGAACUCGGGCCAGGCCAUCUCAGGACCGGGCUGUGCCGGGCCUGAAUCUUCAGCCCCCAAACUCAACAGUGUGAUGAACGGAGAGUCUCUGGAGGACAUCAGGAAGAACCUUCUGAAGAAGCAGGUGGAGACGAGAACCGCAGAUGGCAGAAGACGAAUCACACCGCUCUGUAUCGCUCAGCUGGACACUGGGGAUUUCUCUCCAGCUCUGUUCAACAGCGCUCCCAUCCUGCCCUCGGGCUCCUCCAUGUCCAACCAGCUCACCUCCCAGCUCAGCUCCGAUUCCAGCCCAGGACAGGCCUCUUCUCUGGGACUGAGGCCCAGCCACGACCCAAUGCUCACCUCGCCUCCAGCCAACAGCAUCGCCAAAGGCCUGGAGGACAACAAGGACGGUGUGAAGCCGUGUCUGCUCCUCACUUCUGCCUCCAAGAUCGAGCCAAUGAAAGCUCUGGACUCCAGGUUCACAGAGAGGUCAAAGGCCACACCAGGGGUCACAGCCGUCAUCUCCUCCAUCGCUGGACUCACACCACUAGACAGGCCAAAAGAUGGCAUCUCUGCCCUAAAAGACAUAAAAUCCAAAGAAGACACCAGCAGCGACAGCGAGGACAAGAUGGCCACCAUAAACAAAAACCUGUCGUUCAGCAAGAGGAAGCCCGAGCAGAUGGAUGGAGGAGAGGUGGUGGAGAAGAGGAAGAAGGGACGGCCCAGGAAAGACAAGAUGGCUGCUCCCAUCGCCCAACCCUUCACUCAGAUAACUCCUCCAGCAGAGCGGGAGCCCAGCAGGGUGGCAGCUCCUCCAGCUCCUGUAGCUGCUCUCAAACUACCAACGCCAAGUAUAAAGAAAGCCUUCAGUCUGCAGGUGAGCAUGGAGCCGUCGGUGUUCCUGGAGGUGGAGAACGAGGUGUCUGUGGUCGCAGGUUCGAAGCUCAGCCAGCUGCGAUGCUCCAGAGACGGACGAGACUGGAACACACUGCUGCCCAGCUCAGUGGUCACUGCGGCAGGGAGCAGUGAUGUCCUUGCAGUCGCCUGUCAGGACAGGAUGUUGUCAGUGUUCUCUUCCUGUGGGCGGCGGCUCCUUCCAGCCAUCCAGCUGGCCACACCUGUCUCAGCUGUGCACUGCUCCUCACACUUCGUCAUGGUUCUGACUGCUGGUGCAACGCUGUCCGUCUGGGAUGUUCAGAAACAGAAGGCUCUGGUGAAGAACGAGUCUCUACUGACCAUUUUAUCUGGUGCUGACACUACAGUAUCUCAGUCUCUGCUGACUCAGCAGGGAGUUCCAGUCAUUGGACUGUCCAAUGGGAAGUCUUACUGCUUCAGCUCCUCACUGGAGACAUGGACUCUGAUAGCCGAUAAAGGAGACUCUCUCGUCCAGUGUGCUGACUUCAGGAGCUGCUUAUCUACCCACGAUGCACCUGCAUCCUCAGGGCCGUUGGCAGUCAUGCAGGGACGCAAUCUCAAUGCUGGUCGUCUGGCGUCCCGCCUCUCGUCCACCCCUCACCACCUGCAGCAGAGCAUGACGCUGGCCUUCCUGGAGAAUCAGCUGGCAUCUGCUCUGACUCUGCAGUCAGCGCAGGAGUAUCGCUACUGGCUGCUCAUCUACGCCCGUUUCCUCGUCAACGAAGGCUCAGAGUAUCGUCUCAGAGAACUCUGUAAGGAGCUGCUGGGUCCAGUCCACAAAUCUGCGUCUACAGCCUGGGAGCCCACCACUCUGGGUCUACGUAAGCGGGAGUUGCUGCGGGAGGUUUUACCCGUCAUUGUUGAGAACCUGCGAUUCCAGAGACUGUUCACUGAAUACCAGGACCAGCUGGAGCUGCUGCGCAACAAAUAACACACACACUGCUAUACACAGACAUGCACAGACUGACACAAACACACACUUGGACUCAUCAUGAAACCAGUUUGGUUCGUCCCGGCUCCGCUCGGUUCCGGUAAACUCUUGACUGCUUUCCUCCACUUGGGAAUCUUGAAACGCUGUUCUGGCUGGAAAAAGCGGAGUGUUUUGUGAGAACUUUAAUAAGAGCCAGUUCACAGCCUUUCAAGCGCUGGGACUUUUCAGUGCUGUUGCUCACUGGGGAGAAGUGGGUGCUUAGUGUUUUUUUUUUUUUUUUUAAUCACGAUUUCAAUUUGAACUUUUCGUCUUUUGUCUUUUUUUCCUGCUUAAUGUGUUUUUUCCUGACCUAUGCACCUCUCUCCUGCACUCCUAAUCAUGAACUUAAAAAGAUUAACUUAAGAGAGACUGUGAUAGAUAGGUUGCAGGUUUGAUCCCUGCCACAUGCAGUAUCAGCAGCUGUGUGUCCUGUCGCUCUCAAGGCUGUUUCCCUCCUCAGAGAGAGAGAGAGAGCAGAGGUGAGACACUCAUACAAGAAACGAAUCAGAAUGGAUGUAAAGGAGCAAUAUGCUUGUACCAAAGUGAUGCCUUUAAUUGUAGAAAUAACCACACACCUGUAUCUGCAAGGAAAUGAAGGGCAUCCAGACAAAGGUUCAACCGGGUUUUAGAGGCUGAUAUUUCUUGACUCAAUCUGCCAAUAGGUGAAGUUUUGAGUAUAUUGGCUUGCUAA